CAAAAAAUAACUGCCAAUCGCUCAUGGAAAUCUGCCUGCAUUGGCAUAAUUCAGCUUCACACUAUUAAAUCUGACAAUAUUUUUGGGAAAAGAUAAAAAGCAGUGUGUGUAGGUGCAAGAUGUACAGCUUUAUGGGAGGUGGAUUGUUUUGUGCAGGAGUGGGAAACAUACUCCUGGUGAUCUCCACUGCCACCGAUUACUGGAUGCAGUACCGCCAGUCCAGCAGCUACAUGCACCAGGGCCUAUGGCGCUACUGUGUACCUGGAAAAUGCAUGACACACACAGACAGCAUUGCAUACUGGGACGCCACCCGGGCCUUCAUGAUCCUGGCCACCUUAGCUUGUUUCUUUGGCAUGAUCAUCGGUGUCAUGGCUUUCAUCAACUACUCCUCUUUUACCGGCUUUGACAGGACCUUUGCUGCGGGAAUUCUCUAUUUCAUUUCAUGCUUCUUUGUGCUGCUGGCCAUGGCUGUCUACACUGGUAUGACAGUCAACUACUAUGGGAAACGUUAUGGGAACUGGCGGUUCUCUUGGUCAUAUAUAAUGGGCUGGGUUUCUGUGGUGCUCACUUUCUUUUCAGGGAUCUUCUAUAUGUGUGCUUACCGGAUGCAUGAACCAAGAGGACCCAUGUCACGCUGAUGCUUUUCAGUUCAGAUCCACUACAGUCUGAUCAUGUCAUCCCUGAUCCCUUCAUUUUAGAACUGUCAUUUAUAGUUUAUUUUAGAAUUACAGAACUCAAAUAAAUGACUGAUACUGAA